CUUCGUCAGGUCUCGAAGCAUCUUCUGAACUUCUGACUCAACGACUCGCUCAAUAAAGAACGCUCACGAGAUGCUGCUAUCGUUCCAGUCCCACCUGAAUUUGAACUACUUAUUUUGAUUUAUGUCCGCGUCCCCCGUGACUGAUAGUUCCUCCUCCGCAGCGCCGUCUAUCGGCGGUCUUCGCCCAUCUUACUCCGAUGAAGGUCUCACUCAAGCUUUCCAGAUUGAUGAAACUGCCCACUGGGUUAAGAGGAAUUCAUUUCAACGGAUAGGCCUUCAGUUUCCGGACUAUCUUCUUCAUGUAGCUGCGAAAGUGUGCCAUAGAUUAUCGGAACUGACACAGCGAUUUUGUUUCAUUCUUGCGGAUACAUCCUAUUCAAGUUGCUGUGUAGAUGAGAUAGCCGGAAAAAGACUGCACAUCGACGCUCUCGUACAUUAUGGCCAUGCUUGCCUCUCAAACCUGAGUGGUAAACUCCCGGUCCUUUUCGUCUACGUACAGCGCCAUCCCGAACUGAUGGGCAUAUCAGAAACCAUACGCCGAAUCACUAAGACUGUUCACGACCAAUUGCUCUCACGCGACGCUCAACAGCCUCUGGUUAUCACUUAUGACUUCGAUUACCAAAACGUGGCGCAUGCAUUAUGCAUUCAAUUACAAACCAUUAGUCGACAGUCGGCUAGUUCUGGACGUUCUUGGCCGAUAAUUUGGUCUGAACCUGAGUUACCUUCUCAUUCCGAAUCGAUCGGUGCUUCACCUUUCGCUGCCAGUCUUCCAACUGUUAUCUUCAGACGCUGCGGUCGUGCAUUUCACUGCGUUGGUGAAAAUCCUUCUCCUCCCGUACCGCCUUGGAGUCUAAUUCAUGUCGGUCGAUGUGGCUCGGAAGAGACCUUUCAUGGAUUGUCUUUUUAUCGCAUUUUGCUCUCCUUUCCAGAAGUUGACUUCACACAUACAUUCCACUAUGACACUUACUCGCACGAGGUGGGCGCAUCCGAGGACUCAAUACGGAGGCUACUUAGACGCAGGACGUAUUUGAUAGAAAAGGCCAAAGAUGCUCAAUGCGUUGGUAUACUUAUAGGCACACUAUCAGUCCGUGACUAUCUAGAUAUUGUUGAACGGUUGCAACGUCUUCUCAAGUGUGCUGGUCGCCUUUGUAUCACACUGGCCGUUGGACGCCUUAUCCCGGAAAAACUGGCCAAUCUCCCUGAGUUAGAUCUCUUAGUGAUCGUCGGUUGCCCCGAAUGUAGUCUUCUGGACUCACGUGAUAUUCUCGUACCCGUCAUCACACCUUUUGAACUCGAAUGUGCGUUAAGCGACGUUGCUUCACGCUUCCACGCAAUCGAUAAUACCGCACCACAUCGUUUGUGGACUGGUGCUAAGCUUUGGGUUGACUUCAGCGACCUUCUUCCAGGCGGAGCGGCGUAUUGCCCCGAAGAUCAGGUAGUGCCUCCUCUUGUCCCCGAAUCCGAUACUCUCCAUGAUGUGUCACUCAUCACAGGCAGACUACGCCGUUUCGAUGUGACCGAGAACCACCUUGACGAUGAACAGUCCGAAGGAGCUAUCGUCACCCGAGGGGAAUGGGCAAUACUGGAUUUGAAGAGCUCUGCAAGCAACUUCACUCGCAGUUGGUAUGGUUUGACUCCGUCGUUGGGGCAGACGCCAGUUGCCCAACUUCAGCCCGGUCUUUCUGGUGUUCCCACCAACUACUGCCCUGUGUCGGAGAACAGUGUAACCCAUUCAUGACAGACAGUCCAUUGCGGCCGAUUUUUAUCCAAUUGUACAAUCCCACCGACGCGCAUCCGGACGCUGUUGUUUUGUACAUUUACGCUCUCCUGACCAAAUCGAGUAUUCCUCAUACAUCCUCUUCUUUUUGUAUUUCCACAUUCGGAUUGUGUCGUUACGUCCCUCCUUACUCAAUAAUUA